UUCAUCUCUUUCUCUUCCUUUAUUUUCUUUCCUCCUCCCGAAUCACAUCCUCUAGUUGCCGCUGUUUGGCAACCAGAUCUUGCCAGCCAGCCAGAUCGCCAGGGUUCCGACUGAAGACUGAAGCUACUGAAGUUGUGAAGCCGUGAAGAGUGAUCUUACGGGUGGAAUUGAUGAUUGAAAAUGGCCUCAACAACCCUUCCAAUGGGUUGAUUUGUGAUGUUUUAAGGAAUUUUCAAUUGUGUUAGGGUUUGAUUUGUGAGUUUCUGGUUUGAUUUUGUUGAAGUCACGGGUGAAAUUGAUGAUUGAAAAUGGUUGACCAAUUUUUCUUGAAGUUGGAUUAGUGGUGGAUUGAUUUAGUUGUGAAGAAGAUUGCCGAUUUUGUGGAGGAUUUGUUGGAGUAGGAUCUGAUUUUGUGGAGGUUUACAGAUGGCCCUUUCUGUAUCACGGUCUACUACCUUGUCAGAAGAAGAUACGAAUGAUUUCACGGAUUACCAGCCACUAUAUGAAGCUAUACUCCAGGGGAACCUGGAACAUGUAAAAACAAUCUGUGAAGACCCAAAUAAACAUGCGUUAGACGCCAGGAUCUCGAUACACUUGGACACAGCUCUUCAUGUGGCUGUUGGGACAGGCAAGGCGCAUCAUAUUGUGGAGUAUCUAUUGACUAAAAUGUCAACAGAUCAACUGGCAGUGACAAACACGGAGGGCAACACAGUCCUCUCCGUUGCUGCUAUUGUUGGCAAUGUCCAAGCAGCCAACAUGAUACUGAUGAAAGUAGAACUUCUACAAUUAAUUCGAGUUAGAAACAAUUCUGGCUGGAUACCUUUGAUUGAGGCUGCUCAGCAUGGCCAAAAGGAGAUGAUUAAAUAUUUAUUGCCAUUUUGCGGAAACUUCUUGAAGCUUGUUUCUGUAACAGAUUGGGAAGAUGACAAGUCUGGUGUUUUUUUCGUAAAUCUGCUCAUAACUACUGGAUUUUAUGACUUGGCACUAGACGUGCUCGAAAAAUAUGAAAGUUUAGCUACAAUGGAGUUAUAUGGUGGCGACUCCCCUCUGAGUAGAAUAGCAGCAAAGCCAUCGGCAUUUUCAAGUGGAAGACGAAAAGAGCUAAAGGUUUGGCACUACUUGUACUUCUCUAAAGUUCCAAGUUAUAGGAAGGAAAUACGAGAAACAAGAUUGAUGCAUCACAAAGCACUUCAACUUGUCAAAUACUUGUGUGGGAAAAUUAAAAGUAGUAAGCCAGACUAUCAUACAGCUAAACGGUUACUAAAACCACCGCUCCUUUUAGCGGCAGAAUUGGGGGUUUGCGAAGUGGUGGAAGAGAUUAUAAAAUCAUAUCCAGAUGCAAUCUGGUUUACAAAUGAAAAGAAUCAUAGUGUAUUCCACUUGGCAGUCUUGAAGCGUCAAGAAAAGGUAUUCAAACUCAUAUUUCAGAUGGGCGGUCAAAAACAUUUGUUGUUGAUGUCCCAAGAUGUUGACGGAAAUAAUAUCUUGCACUUAGCUGGAAAAUUGGCUCUCAAAUAUCAGCUCCAUCACAUCCCUGGUGCAGCCUUACAGAUGCAGCGUGAGUUACAGUGGUUCGAGGAAGUGGAGAAAAUUGUGAAGCCUAGUUACAAAGAGGAUAAAAAUUCUAAACAAGAAACUCCAGCAAUGAUAUUUACUGAACAACACAAGAAACUCGUUGAAGACGGUGAGAAAUGGAUGAAAGUUACAGCAAACUCAUGCUCAAUAGCUGCGGCACUGAUUGCCACUAUAGUAUUUGCAGCAGCAAUCACUAUACCUGGUGAUUACGCUGAUAACGGCGUACCAAAUUUUUACAGAGAGGCAGCCUUCAAGAUCUUUAGCAUUUCAGAUGCACUCUCUUUAUCCUCAUCAACUGCUGCCAUCAUAAUGUUUUUGUCCAUCCUUACGGCACGGUAUGCAGAAUAUGAUUUUCGUUAUUCCCUACCCAAAAGGUUAAUAUGGGGUCUUUUUAUGUUGUUCGUCUCUCUUAUUACCCUGAUGGUAGCGUUUUGUGCCAUUGUUUUUCUGGUGUUUUGUGACCAAAAGGCAAAUUGGUUAUUUGGUUUAGUAGUGGGCUCAGCCUUGGUACCUGUGUUCAUGUGCGCUGUUUCGCAGUUUCCCCUCUUAUGGGAACUGUUCAUUUCGACAUAUCGCCCAGGCAUUUUCCGCAAGCAAGGCACACGAGUCCUCUACUAAGUGAUGAUAAGUGAUAAAACAUAUUGAAAUUAGUCUCUUUAGAGAGUGUGACUAGAUAAGAAAAGAUUUGCUCUAUUAUUUUGAAUUCUACUGACAUUGCUGUA